GUGACAACAGGGGGCCCCACGUGAAACAGGACAUUUAGAAAAUUAACAGCAUAAAAAAAUCAAGUGUGAGAUUUAAUUUGCUGAUUUAACUUUGAGCUGUUUUAUUUCCACAUUCUGGUUGUCAACAGGUCCUAACUCUGAUCUGAGGGGUCUCAAGAAAAUUUAAACACAUACAUUAAAUGGUGAACUAAGCUCUUUGUGUUACAAUCUAAAUAGUAUAUAAACAAUAUUUUUUUUAAUUUUCCUCCAAAAUUUAAAUUUGAUUAAAUGCACAUUUACAUGAAUCCAACACAUUUUAGUGAAGGGAUAAAUCGAGGUUAGAGAAGCUAACAGUGCAGCUCGCUCUCAUCAACCAACUACUGAAGCCAAAAUGACUGGUGAUUCACUGUCCCUACUACAUUUAGCUAUGUUUAAAGGUAAAAGUAUGUAUGUUUAUGGCAGUUGGACGUCCACCGUACUGUUGCACGUUUUAACCUGUAUUAAUUGAAUAGCUUAAUAUUGAAUGCAAAAUGAUAAUAAUAAUGUAUUUUUACAAAACGCACCUAUAAUUGGAAGGGGGCCCCUACAUAAUCUCUCCAUCAGUUUGGUGGGUCCCUGGCCUGAAAAGCACUAAGGACCCCUCAUCAUUCUUGUAGUGUUUUGUCAGUACUGUUGGUUUCUCUUAUUAAAAUAUGAAUAUGUUUGUGUGAAUAAAGGUUCCUUAAAAAGGAGAUGUGAAACUGGAUUUGGAACAAGCUGAGACUUCAGAAUUCAACAUAAAACAGUUAACUCAUCCCAUCGUGAAAUCAUCUCAUCGUGACUACAUUGGAGCUACUGAUGGGAUCCCGUCUUCAGUUGAUCCUUGCAGACGUUAGGACUUUCUGAGACACAGUCUGGAGACACAUGGGCCCCAGGCUCUGUGAUACACAGAAAAUAAACCUACCCGACCUGCAGGACCUCACCUGUUUGCUCUCCGGGCCCAUGAGACCUGCCUCCUUUGGAGAAAUAACAGGAGCCGACCGCAAAGCAGCUCUUCACUCGCCUCUCACAGCUGACAACCAGCAGCCAUGACCUCCUUCUCCACCCACAGCAGCUACAUGGUCACCCCCAUGAGGAGCUCCGUCCACUGUGCUCACCGGGUGGGUGCUGCUGGCAGCGUGUAUGGAGGAGCUGGAGGAUCUGGAGUGCGUGUCUCCAAGGCACCCAGCUCAAACUGGACAGAACACGCAGAGAUGAGCGGGAAGGCCACCAUGCAGAACCUGAACAACCGUCUGGGCUCCUACCUGGAGAAGGUGCGGAGCCUUGAGGCGGCCAACACUAAGCUGGAGCUGAAGAUCAGGCAGUACCUGGAGAAAAGAGUCCAUUUAAAGCAGGACUUCACCAGCUUCAACGUCCGCAUCAAGGAGCUGCAGGAGCAGAUUAUCACCGCUUCUUGUGAAAACGCAGCCCUCAUCCUCACCAUUGACAACACCAAACUGGCCACCGAUGACUUCAGAGCCAAGUUUGAGAGUGAGCUGGCCUUGCGUCAGUUGGAGGAGGCAGAUGUCACCAUGAUAAGGAGAGCCUUGGACCUGGAGCCUCAAAGGCGAACCCGCAUGGAGCUGCAACUGAAGAGUCUGAAGGAGGAGCUAAUACAGCUGAAGCACAACCACAAGCAGGACCUGUUGGCUCUCAGGGCGCAGAUGGGGGUUGAUGUGAAUGUGGAGGUGGACGCUGCUCCUCAAGAGGACCUGUCCACCGUCCUGGCUGAAAUGAGAAAACACUACGAGAAUGUCACCAUCAAGAACCGCAAAGAGCUGGAGGCAUGGUUGCAGGCCAAAAUGAUGGAACUGGACACAGUGCAGGAAGAGAGCACAGAGACUCUGCAGGCGUCCAAGUCUGAGGUUGGACAGUUCAGACGAACUCUUCAAAGUCUGGAGAUCAAACUGCAGGCAGAGAUCAGCCAGAAAGGCGCGGUGGAAGCGACUCUGGAUGAAACUAUCAGACGCUACGGAGUCAUGCUGGCCGUGCACCAGGAGCAGGUGACGUCUCUGGAGGAGCACCUGUCUCAGCUGAGGGCAAACCUGGGCCAGCAGGGCCAUGACUUCAAGGUGCUGCUAGACAUGAAGACCAGACUGGAGAUGGAGAUCCGCGAGUACCGGAGGCUGCUGGAAGGAGAGGCCACCAGCAGUGUCUGCACCUCUCCCACCACCACCACCACCACCACCACCAGACUGGUGGUGUCAGUGGUGGAAGAGGUGGUUGAUGGGAGAGUGAUGUCCUCCGCAUCCUCUUCGUCAUCCUCCUGCUCCUCCUCCGGCUGAACAGCUGCAGACGACCACAGCAGCAUCUUCGAAGCCACCAAGACAUCACCUGUAAAAAGUAAUCUGACCAAACCAGGACCAGAUCCAGAUCCGGAUCCAGUAAAUCGAAUCUGUCUGCUUUUAAUUAAAAUGAAGUUAUAUAGUCUGUGGCUGCUGAGGUUGUAUUUCACUCCCGAAAUGUGUAAUUAUUUAUUCACUAGGCGAUGAGGAAACUAUUUGUCUAUAUUUGAUAAUGUCUGACAGAAUAUUAAAUAAGACAGUAAAUAAAAA